UUGUAAGGCUUUUCCUAUGCAACGACCACUAGUGGAGGAUUCGGAGGAGCUGAAGAGGUUCAGAGCAGAAUGGAAAGCAGAGGUAGAGCAUAGGAAAGCCAUCGCUGAGCCCAACAUCAAGGGCAUCGUUGACAACAGUGAGCACAAGCCUGCUCUGAAUUUACCUCAGCAUACUCUAUCACCUCCUACGAAGCCUCAGCUCCAUGUAUCCGCCCUUUCUAAUGUGCCUCUAUCGGAAGCGCAAGGAUCAGCUCUGGCCGUGUAUCGCAGUGCUGUCGCACACGAGCAACGCGGUGACCUCGAUGAGGCUCUUCGGCUGUAUCGCCAGGCAUUUCGGAAGGACCCCAAUGUCGACAGGGCUUACCAUCGCGAAGAGAUCAUCGCUUCAUCUUUCUCUACUCAAUUACACGAUACCCAGUAUGCCGUCGUUGCAGAAGUGCCUAUGCACAGGCCUAAGGGGACCAGUGUCGUAUGGGCUGCCUCUUUGGCAAAUAUAGUUGCUGGUUUUCCGGAAAUGCUGCACUUCGAGCCUGAGAUAGAGGAAGAUGACGUCCAUCUGCAGAGAAUUCCAGAUGAGGUCCUUAUCAAGAUCCUGACUAGACUUGACCCUACAUCCCUUGAGCGAUUCGCUGCAGUCAACCGGAAGGCUCGGGUAUUCAGUCUUGACUCGACAAUAUGGAGGAAACUGGUCACUGCAACAUACAGGCCGCCCCAGGUACCCAACCAAGAAGCGCUGCAUGCCGUGUUGGAAAGAUGUCUGUAUGACUAUCGCAGGGUGUUCAUAGAACAUCCGAGGGUGCGAAUGGAUGGUGUUUACAUUGCCGUCUGCCACUACGUUCGUUCAGGACUGAGUGAGAACUCUUGGGUGAAUGUCAACCAUUUGAUAACCUACCACCGGUACCUGCGUUUCUACCCUAACGGACUUGUCAUCUCCCUUCGUACAAACGAAGAACAACCUCCUCAACAUGUUAUACCCCUUCUAAAACCCAGUCUUCGUAUGAAGGGAUGUCUAUUUGGGCGCUGGACACUCACCGAUACAACUAUAUACAUGACAAAUCUCGUCGAAGGGAGUGGGAAUCUACCCAACCCUCCUGACACCGACUUUUCCGACCUAUCUGACAUCAUUUUAGCCAAUUCUGACACGAUCCGUUAUGUCUUCAGUAUGUCCCUCUCCCUUCGGUCUCGUCCUCUUGGGAGAUGGAACAAAUUGGACAUAAGUUCUUUUAAUUCGGUGAACAUAGAGACGGGAGAUGUGUCUCCCGUUGUUUUGAAGCACGAGAGGUCCUUCUGGUUUUCCAAAGUUCGGUCAUAUGCCUGACAAUCUUGCCGUAUACCGGCUCGCUUAAUAGAAGUUACCUUAUCGUGUAUGUGAUUGGGGACCUAUCUGACGGUUUUAGAUUGUCAGGACACGAUGCGGCGGUGUAAUUCCAACACUUGCAACCUAAGUAUAUGAUGAUAUAAAUGUAGGAUAUCUAGUAUAUGUACCAGCCUCCAAUCUGAAAACAUGUAUGAAAGCGGUGUGUUAGUAAUAAGGAUUGGA